AAAUAGAGAAAAGAGGUCUGAAAUAGAAACGACACAUUUCGGACCGAAAUUGAAGCAAUGUAAUAAAGAAAGCCCAUUUUCACUUUUCAUCCCACAUCUAAAUUUGACAUCAUCCACCUCAACAAACGCCAGGCCACCCACCACCUACCGCUCAAAUAGCAACCGCCAGCCACCGGAGCUGCCGUUGUAUUAAACCAGGAAGACGGAAAUUUAUAGUGUUAGUUUCGUCGGAAAGCCACCCGUAAUUUCAGGGAUCUGAGUUUGAUUCAUAAAUCAUAAUCACCGUCUUCACUCAAUCCACCGCUGUUAAAGAUUUGUUGAUGAUGGCAACGCCACCUGCCAUUGCUCACUUACCACUCGCAAUUUCCCCCGUCGGAAGUAGAGGUUUAUUUGGAUCAUGCAAUUUUAAGGGGAGUUUCUUACUUCCUGAGCGCAGGACAUCUAAGAUUUUCUUAUCGGGAACCCCUCAAUUUCUCGGACUUGAAAAUGUCAACACUUUACGUUCACAUACUUUUAAUGAGUUUGGGGCUUGUGAUAAACAUUUUUUGCGAUUGAAGAGGUCAAUGAAGUGCAGGACCUUGUGCUUCCAGAGUGUAGGUGCCUUUUGCCACUAUAUUGACCCUGCUAACAGAAGUGAGAAGUUCCAAUUCGGCAGGGAACUGCACUUACUCGAUCGGUCACUGAGACAUAUCGCAGCAAGAUCAAAUGUUGCUACAAGUGGCACUCCCGAUUUCAGCUCCCCUUUUCCAGAAGCUUCUUUUGGACCCAAGGCUAGAGGCGCUUGCUUUUAUGCUGUCACUUCCGUAGUCGCCCUCCUUCUCUUUGGGCUGAUGGUUGUUUCUCACCCUUUUGUUCUUUUAUUUGAUCGAUAUAGAAGAAGAGCUCAGUAUUUUGUUGCUAAAACGUGGGCUACUUUGACUGUCAUCCCCUUCUUUAACGUGGAAUUUGAGGGAUUGGAGAAUCUUCCUCGGCCAGAUGCACCUGCUGUUUAUGUUUCCAACCACCAGAGCUUCCUUGACAUCUAUGCUUUGCUUACUGUUGGACGGAACUUUAAGUUUAUAAGCAAAACUUCCAUUUUCUUAUUCCCUAUCAUUGGAUGGGCUAUGUAUUUUUUGGGAGUUAUACCACUAAAGCGCAUGGAUAGUCGAAGCCAACUGGAAUGUCUUAAGCGGUGUAUGGAUCUUAUCAGGGGAGGUGCAUCUGUGUUUUUUUUUCCGGAAGGAACAAGAAGUAAAGAUGGGAAGUUAGGUUCUUUCAAGAAAGGUGCAUUCAGUGUUGCAGCAAAAACUCAAGUACCAGUUGUGCCCAUGACAAUAAUUGGAACUGGCAGUAUCAUGCCUGCUGGCAAGGAGGGUUUGCUGAACCCAGGGUCUAUUAAAGUUGUAAUACACCCGUGUCUGGUCGGAAAUGAUGCGCAAGUAUUGUGUAAUCAAGCUCGGAGUGUUAUUUCGGGUACACUUGAGCAGCAAAGCUAAGAGAAUCAAGUCAUAAUGUACAGAUUUACCUGAAUCUAAACUCGCUGGACGGAUAGAUGUGUGACGGGAAGGGGUGAAGAGUUAAAGACAUCUUCAGAAAAUAAAAUACGUAUGGAAUGGCGUGCUGGAAAUGAUAGCACUUUGAGGCAAGAAAUGGAUUAGCAGGAUAGUGAUUUGGAGAAGGAAAAUGUCUUUUACAUGGGAGUUUUUCAUCCUGUGAAUAGGAUUUUCUACUCAGAAAUUGGCUAAUUAGGCUACAAAUGUAUUGUAGUUACGAUCGAGGGUAUAACAAUAUAAGUAUGUACAAGAGAUAUCUGUGUUGGUAUUCUAGGAGUGUGAUGUAAUUGCGAUUUAGGUGCAGUUUUGUGCAGAAAUUGUUGGAUGUUACAUUUUUGUAGAAGGCAUAGCAUUCAUUGAAUGAAUUAGCACUAAAUGUUGUUCGGA